AUGGCUCAGAACGAUGCUGCCGUCCGGUACCUGAAUGAACUGUACCAGCUAUUUGUCGAGAUGGGCUUCGCCGAUGCGCAAGAUAUAAGCUGGCCGCCCCACGAAGAUGGCUCUCUGAAUGAGUCGAUGUGCCGCACGCAUGGCCUUUCAGAUAGCACUCUGGACGUUUUGAGGAAGAUUCCAUGGCCCAAGGGGGAUGGCUAUCUGCCCAUCGACGAAACGACGUACGCCGUCAACUGGAGCAAUGAAGAUCACGUCUCAACAACGGCUCGUUGGCCUGAUGAUGGACAUCAUGGAGACGGGAUACCUGACGACGAAGAGAUCCCUGCCGGUCGCAUCACUGUCUCUACGUUCCUUGAGCGUCCGGGAAUGAUAGUCGCACUUGACACAGGUACCGGAAUGCUAGACGUCUACGAUUGCGAUUACGGUCACUCUGACGUUGCUGCCGACACACCAGAGCAAUACUUUGGCGAGCUUCUCAAAAAAUAUAAAUUGCUUGAACACAUACCAGCACCAAGAGGAGAGAUGGAAAUACUCACAGAGGACCUUGACUACCGCGGCAAUGUAUAUACCAGGACUAGGACGAUGCUGCUCGAUUACGGCUGGCCGACUGACUUCAGACGUGCGGACUUCGUGCGCGACUACACCGAAGAGCUACGUGAGUCAUGGGAACACGAUAGUCGUGUCGAACAGGACCAAAUCCGCCAAGAGCUGAAAGCCGAAGACAGCAAUGGAGAGAUCGAUGGGCUUCGGAGUCCUGGUAGGAUUCAAGAAUCACGCGCUAGGGCUCGUGCAAAGCAGGCCGACAUCGAGCGCGGACUGAAGUUCCUUGAGCUUCAUGGGGGGUCUGCUUCUACGAAAGCUUCUAGCUCGACCACAUGA